AUGCAGUCAAGGAACUUUGACGUAGUGAGUUUCAUGUCUCGCGGAAAGUACUCACUUAUCUACGAGGUGGCCUACACGCAGGGUAGUAGUCGCAUCACCAACACCACAUGGGCAAUGAAACGAUUCUACCUGCAAAAUUACUCCUCCGUUCGAUGCGCCCUUCGAGAGCGCAACAUUCUCGUUCGACUUGCUCGAGCAGAGAAACAAUCCCCAUUUCUCACCACAUUAUUGGAGAGUUUUCAAAUUCAUGGUGCUCCUGCCUUCGUGCUGCGCAAAGGAUGCGGUCUGGAUUUGCAAGAUCUCUUCGAGGCGGUUGGCUACUUUCGUGAAUUUGAGGCACAGUUUUACGCCUGUGAGAUCAUUAGUGGUUUGGGGCAUCUCCACGCCAUGCAAAUCGUGCAUCUGGAUGUUAAACCCUCGAACAUGCUUCUCGAUGAUUCGGGUCAUCUGUUCAUCACCGAUUUUGAUCGGUCUUAUGACGCAUCUCAAGAUGUAAUAGCCCUCGAAAAGACAGACUUUACUGGAACAUCUCUCUACAUGUCACCUGAGGUGAUGAAUAAAAUAGACAUUACGCCGAAGGCUGAUGUGUGGAGCCUAGGCGUUCUCGUCGCUGUCACCAUGUAUAGCCACUUUUCUGUAAGCAAGUGGCUGAAAUCAGGUGAGCUAAUAUUAGGCCAUGUGCCAUACGCCUCGAUGCACCUACGGAAAUUCUUAAGAGCCUGCCUAGUGCCCAAUUGCAAAACUCGUUUAGACAUUAAAGAAGUCAAAGGCCUUGGUUUCUUUAAAGAUAUUAAAUGGGAAGAGGUGGUAGAUCGUAAGAUAAAACCACCAUACCGACCAUCAUAUUUCAAAUUUGCCAUUGCUUCUGAUAAGUUCCGCUUCGAUCCCUAUGAUCCGCUCCUCCUUGCUGCUGCUUUCGGCACCCGGAUUCCUCUGGUAAACCGAUAUUUAAGAGACGUUCAUGAUAAGGAGGGAGUGCGUCGGUUGAUAGUGAAAUCUAUAAAUUAUCGAGAUCUGCUAAGGUCCGGACUGACAUCCAAGAAGAUCGGCGAGCUGUUUGCUAACUUUGACUUCCAAAAUUACCGCAUCCUUCCAUCUUCCCCUCGGCUGGAAUCGGAUCGAGUCCUAAUAGGUGGCGAAGAUGUGCCUUCUGAACACGAGCACCAUGUUUUGAAUGCUUGUUCUUCACCUCCAGGGCUCAAUAGGUGA